AUGAAAUUUGCUCGUUUUUUAUUAGUUUUAAUCUUCAUUGCGAUAUUAUGGCCAUUUGUUAAAACUGUUUCUAUUCGAAAAAGUUUAGCUAGACGUGCUGAAAAGGAUAACACGGCAAAGAAUAAAAAAAUAAAUGAUAGUGCUGAAUCGUCGGUUAAUCCUCAAAUUGAAAAAUAUAAAGAAACAUUAACAAAAAACGACACAAUUAAAAAUAAUGAAGAAAACAAAGUGUUUACCAAAAGUGUACAGAAUAAAGAAUAUUACCAAAAAAAAUAAAGAAAGGUUGGUUGAGAAAAUUCGAAAAUACCGAAAACAAAAUA